AUGGGGGGCUGCCGGCUGGUCACCUGUGUGUUACUGGUGGUGGGAGUCUGUGCUGACGGGCUCUUGGAAGUCUCGAUGGGCAGGUUUACAGAACUGCAACUAAAUCUCUCCACUCCCACAGAAUUCCUCCUUCGGAACAUUCCCGUAAAUGUCUCGAUUAUCAUCUUUCAAGUGCACAGUCAGUAUGUGAAUGUGACACUCUCUUACACCAAGAUCCCGGAGAGAAAUGACUCUGAGGUCGGCAGUGAUACUGGGCUUCUGAGCGUUCUCCGUCCUGAGCAGACUGUAUGUACCUGGUAUGUGGAGACGGCGUCCCCUGAUCCUGUGCUAGCCUCAGUUCUCACCGUUCCAUACACUGAAAGGGAUCCAGUUCCUGGAGCGUGUAACCUGGAGUUUGAUUUGGACAUCGAUCCGAAUGUCUACCUAGAGUACAACUUGUAUGAAACUGUAAUAAAAUUUGCUCCAGCUAACCUGGGCCAUGCAAGGGAUGCCACCACUGGUGAUUGUGAUACUCAGACAGGUCAGAACACCAGAUGGCGCCUGCAAUAUGACAUCUACCAAUACUUCUUACCAGAGAACAACCUCAAUGGGUCCACCUUAAUAACCCAUCUGCAGAGGAUGUCCACUGUAUCCCAAGUUUCCACUAAUGGCAAGAAGCUUACUACAUUAAAAUCCAGCGACCGAACCACCAUGUCCUUCUCAUCUAUUCCUGGGCAAGGAAUCGUAUACAAUGUGAUUGUACGAGAUCCCUUCCUGAACACAUCUGCAACCUAUGUGCCGGUUCACACGUAUGCCUGUAACUUCACAGCAACCAUGGACAACUGCUACACGUUGGGAAAAGUCUCAACGAAAAUAUUCUUCACCAUCUUCGCCAUCGUGGGCCUAUUUAUCUGUUUUCUCGGGCACCGUUUUCUCAAGACAGGUUUCUUCUUUAUUGGUUUUAUCAUUUUUGGGUUCCUCAUGUUUGUUCUUCUUACCAGAGUCACACCCCUUGGCUACAGUGAUCGCCUGGCUUUGACUGCCUUCACCGGAGUUAUCGGGGGUUUGCUGCUGGUGGGGUAUUGGUGGAGAUUUGGCUUUGUCUACAUCUGUAUGCUCCUGGUGGGGCUGGUUUUAGGAUUUCUGGUUUCUUCCAUCAUCUUCUUCACUCCUAUAGGGGAUUUUAGCACUUUUCGCAAUGACACAGUGUUCUGGCUAACCUUCACUUGUAUUGCACUACUGGUGACAAUGUGUCUGCUGCCUUUUCCACGAAUACUAAACAUUUUGUCCUGCAGCAUCGUUGGUUCCUACACAGUCGUGCUAGCUGUAGACAGUUACCUGUACACAAGUCUCAGCUACAUUACCUUAAAUAUCCUUAAAAGGGCACUGAACAGUGACUUCAGUAUAGUAUACACCAGCGUGCCUUUCCAGACCACCGAUUUCAUCAUCAUUGCUGUGUGGGCAGCCCUUGUGCUUAGCGGAGCAGUGACCCAGUUUUACAGAGAGCAUGAAAAGCCACAUUUCCCACCCACUCCCUAUAAGAUAUGGAAGAGGGACAGAGAGAGGCGAAUAACAAACAUCCUAGAUCCCAUCUACCAUACACCUCCGCUCAAGGAACGAUUUCUGGCCAGCCUGGCUAGAUUCAGGGAUCUCUUCCGCAAGGAGCAGCCUCUAGGUGAGCGGACACCUUUGCUACUAUAG